AUGGUGACAGUUAGAACUAUUGUUUCUCUUGCAGCAGCUAGGCAUUGGCAUAUUCAUCAAAUGGAUGUGUUCAAUGCUUUUCUUCAAGGUGAUUUAGAUGAUGAAAUUUAUAUGCAGCUACCUCAGGGAUUUGUUGGUCAAGGGGAGAAAUCAGAAGGCGGAACUAUAUUAAUGUUGGUUUAUGUGGAUGAUAUGUUAAUUACUGGCAGCAGUCUUAAACUAAUAGAAGACACAAAGAAGGCAUUACAACAAGUAUUCAAGAUGAAAGAUUUAGGAGAAUUAAAAUACUUUCUAGGCAUUGAGUUUACCAGAUCACCAGCUGGUAUAUUAAUGCAUCAAAGAAAGUAUACUCUGGAACUUAUAGUUGAGGUUGGAUUGACGGCAGCUAAGCCUGCAGGAACACCUAUUGACAUCAAUGUCAAACUAACAUCUAUACUAUAUGAUGAGCAUGUGAAUAAGGAACAUGAAGAAUCAGAUGAUCCUUUGAUUGAUCAGACAGCAUAUCAGAAAAUAAUAGGCAAGUUGUUGUAUUUGAAUACGACAAGACCAGAUAUAUCAUUUAGUACUCAGACAUUGAGUCAAUUUUUACAGCAACCAAAAAGGUCUCAUCUUGAUGUUGGAUUAAGGGUGAUCAGAUAUCUAAAUAAACAACUUGGUCAAGGAUUAUUAUUAGCAAGUGAUUCAGAUGGACAAGUUACUGCAUUUUGUGAUGCUGAUUGGGCAUCUUGUCCACUCACUAGGAAGUCUGUGACAGGGUAUAUGGUUAAGAUUGGUCAAUCAUUAAUAUCAUGGAAGGCAAAGAAGCAAACAACAGUGUCAAGAAGCUCAGAUGAAGCUGAGUAUAGAAGCCUGGCUACAACUAUUUCAGAAUUGAUGUGGCUGCUGGGAUUAUUGAAAGAAAUAGGUACUAAGAUUCAAGUACCAUUUCAAGUAUACAGUGACAGUAAGGCUGCUAUUCAUAUAGCUGGUAAUCCAGUAUACCAUGAAAGGAUCAAGCACAUUGAAAUCGAUUGUCAUUUCAUAAGAGAAAAAUUGCAAAAGGGAUUGAUUAAAGUUGAGUAUAUCCAUACCAAGGAACAACCAGUUGAUGUAUUGACAAAAGGGUUAUCUAGACUACAACAUGAACACUUGUUAUCCAAGCUAGGGGUUUUGAAUAUUUUUGCACCUCCUAGCUUGAAGGGGAGUGUUGUAAUAUAG